AUGGCGACUCCUCAGUCCACAGCUUCUGGCGAUGCGCCGCCCGCCGCCAAGGGUAGCCUGGAGCAGAUCACGUUCCGCUUCUGCUCCGAGUGCUCCAACAUGCUGUACCCCAAGGAAGACGAGGACGCUCACAAGCUCCAGUUUACCUGCCGGACCUGUCAGUACACCGUGGAGGCCACAUCGAGUUGCGUCUUCCGCAAUGUUAUGAACAAUGCUGCCGGCGAAACUGCAGGUGUCACUCAGGAUGUUGGAUCGGACCCUACGGUUCGUAGUCAUGUUUCCUUUCACUCUUCGCAUGCUCCUGCUGGUGCCCAUGCCUCUCAUGCCUCUGCUCCUGCCACUGCCGACGAUGAUCUCGCUGUCUGUCUCAGAUGCGGUAUGACCCUACUACAUUGUAGCCGGUGUAAGGAUCCUGCCUCCAUCGACGAAUACAACCAUUUCGUGAAGCAUCACUUAGACUUUGCUGUCGCAAAGACCCUAGGCUACAUCGGAGUAGCCAGCCUUUGGAACGCCCUAGACACCGAAGGACGGACAGCAUGGGAUGCCCGGUUCGCUUCGUGCAGAGGUGUAAAUCUAGGUCAUCUCUCGCAAGACACUCUGGCUCACUAUCUACCCUUCGAAAUUGCCCUCAACCCCAACGCCGAUCCUCCGGAGGCCCUCGGUAUUGAUCAGGAAGACUACGACAACACCGAUUUCCUAGUAUGA